GGGAUCACGAGGGAGAUGGUGGAGAGCGGGCGGCCAAAGGCGGGUUUCCGGCUGGUGAUAAUCGACGGUAGGGCUUACGUGGAGAAAUUUAUGGAUGCGUAUCAAAGUAGGGAUAAGUUUACGCUGUGGGGGAUCCUACAGUUGUUACGGUUGUACCCUGGUAAAAUUCCCGAUUUAGACCUCAUGUUCAAUUGCGAGGACCGGCCCAACAUUUUCAUUGGUGACUAUAUUGGGCCCGGGCCCAAUUCGACGGCCCCACCUCCUUUGUUCCGAUACUGCGGAGAUGAUGACACGUUGGACAUAGUUUUUCCUGAUUGGUCCUUCUGGGGAUGGCCUGAGAUAAAUAUAAAGCCAUGGGUACCCCUGAUGGAAGAUCUAAAACAAGGCAACAAAAGGACAAAAUGGUCAAAUAGAGAAGCUUAUGCUUAUUGGAAGGGGAAUAUUAAAGUUUCUAUGGUUCGAUACAAACUUCUGGAAUGCAAUCUCUCUCGUGAGCACGAUUGGAAGGCUCGUGUGUUCAUGCAGGAUUGGGAUAAAGAACAGGAACAACGAUUCAAAAACUCCAAUCUAGCUGACCAAUGUAUUCAUAGGUAUAAAAUAUACGUGGAGGGGGUUGGUUGGUCGGUAAGUCUUAAAUACAUUCUUGCUUGUGAUUCAGUGACAUUGAUGGUAAAGCCGUAUUACUAUGAUUUCUUCACUAGAAGUUUAGUGCCAAUGCAUCACUAUUGGCCAAUCAAAGAUGACGGUGACAUGUGCAACUCUAUCAAGUUUGCCGUCGAUUGGGGCAAUACCCACCAACAAAAGGCACGGGCAAUUGGGAAGGCAGCGAGCAAGUUUAUCGAGGAGCAGCUAAGGAUGGAGAAGGUGUAUGACUACAUGUUUCACAGUCUAAAUGAAUACUCCAAACUCUUAGCCUUCAAGCCAACCAUCCCACCAAAUGCUACUGAACUCUGCUUGGAGGAAUUGGCUUGCCCUGCCCAAAACUUAGCCACCAAGUUUAUGAUCGAUACUCUCGUAAAACGUCCUUCCUUUUCAAGCCCUUGCUCUUUGCUUCCGCCCUUUAGCCCAACCGAUCUCGACAAUAUUCGAAUCAGAAAAGAGACUCCAAUCAAACAAGUCGAAACGUGGGAGAAAAAUAUGUCCUAUAAAUGA